UACCCGACUUGCGGUUCAAACGCUUGCGACGGCAGUUGGCGUGAGCUUGGCUAGCCCGCUUUCUUCGGGAGGGGCCGUGGCGGAAUCUCCCUACAUUUGCUAGCAAUUCAGUUGGCUUUGUGUACACCGGAUCCCACUUUGCAAAAAGGGCUUGAAUCAGCUACCAUGUUGCCCGAGGUGGACGCUUCGGGUCAGGACCGGGUCGAGUACCCAGGGGCCAUGUCCCAGCUCGAUCCACUAUUUUACGCUCAGCAGCUAUUUCGACGUCGCAAAUACGACCAGUGCGCGGAUCUUUGCGCCCACCUGUUGGAAAAAAACCCAUACGACAAGGCUGCCUGGUUUCUCAAGACCCGGGCCUUGACGGAGGCUGUCCGGAUCGACGAGACCGAGUUGGAGGAAGAGGGCCUGGCAGAAGUCAUGCUGGACGACAAUGCAACUGCUCAACUCCCACGACCUGGAACCUCCUUCUCUCGACCAAUGACCAACCAGGGCGCCAACAAAGGCAUUCGGCCCACCAGCAAGACAGGGCGUCCCGUCAGUGGCUUUGUGCGCCCAGGCACCCAGUCGGGCCGCCCUAGCACCAUGGAGAACGCCAUGCGUACACCGCGUACGGCGACGGCACGCCCCGUGACGACGGCUUCUGGUCGUUACGUUCGUCUUGGAACGGCCUCGAUGGUUUCAGAGGAUGUGGGCACUUUUAUCAAUAUUGAGAAGUUGGACCUUCGCAAGUAUGCCACACGCCCCAUCCUAGCCAAGGCCCUGUUCUUGUACAUCCUACACGUGGGCGAACAGCCGGUCAAGGCGCUUGAGCUUGCUGCUCAUGCCACCGAGUACGAAGAGUUCAAGGAUUGGUGGUGGAAGGCCAUGCUGGGCUUUUCCUACCAUCGGUUGGGCAUGUAUCGUGACGCCGAGCGCCAGCUGCAGUCUUCGUUGCGCCAGCGGGCCACCAUCUUUGGGGCCAUGCUCUUGGCCAAGGUGUACAUCCGACUGGACCAACCUCAAAACGCGCUCCGUGUUUAUCACGAUGCGCUUAAGCAGUUCCCCGACGAGACGGUCCUGCUGGCUGCGGCAGCCCGAGUUUACGAAGGUAUUGGGGACCUUUCGCGUGCCGUCUCCGAGUAUCGCAAGCUGCUCGAGCAUGACAGGCGCCUUUUGCAGAUGGGCGUGGCCAGUGCCGAGCUCUUCAACAACUUGGGUCUUUCUUGCUUCCAGGCCCAGCAGUAUGACUUGGCUUUCAACUGUUUUGAACGUGCCCUGAUGCUGGCUGAUAACAGCUCCCUCUCCGAUGUGUGGUACAACCUGGGACACGUCUGUCUGUCGCUGGGGGAUACGACGCUGGCUGAGCAGUGUUUGCGACUAUCCAUCACGUUUGACCCCUCAAAUGCCGAAGCCCUGAAUAAUCUUGGGGUGAUUGAGCACCGAUAUGACAACUUUAGCAAGGCCCGAAACUAUUACGCCAAGGCCAUGGAACACUCGCAGUAUGUACAUGAGCCUCACUAUAACCAGGGUCUGAUUGCCUUCACCCACGGAGACCUGGCCAGUGCCAUGAAAGAGGCCAACGCCCCAUCCUCUCUCUCUCUCUCUCUCUCUCUCUCACGCUUUGCCUGGCUGCCCUACUACCCCUCAUCAAUCCAGUCGGAGCAAGCGCUGACUCUUUACGAGGACCACGUUCCCUCUCGCAACCUCCUCAAAAACAUUAAGCGCCUCUUGCGUGAGUGA